AUGAGCCAGGAAGAGAGAAGAAGUAGUAGAGAAGAAGAAGAUAUAAAGACGAAGAAGAAGAAGAAGAAUACGAAGAAGAAACCGAGAAGAAGCGGUGAAGGACAAAUCGCGGAAGUCCGGCGUCAGACCAACCGAAGAACGCUGACCGCCGCAGGGUUUGGGCUGACGCGACUGGCGCUCUCCGCUCACAUAAACCGCCCCGCGCGUCUGCGCGUCACUCUUCCUCCUGACUCCGCCGGUUCUGACCGCGUCUUCGAGUUCGAACUGCCCCCACCGCCCUCCUCCACCGCCUCCGAUAUCCCACCCAUCCCCUCCUCUGAUGAUGAUGACUCCGCCAUAGACGUCCUCCGCCAGCAGCUCGACAGUCUCGGUCUUCAGGACCGCUCGGCCGUCACCCGCGACCGUCCUCCGGCUCCUGCCCGCGAUCGUGUGUCUGCCCCGCGUCAGUCAAACUCCCACCACCACCACCAUCACCACCACCACAACCACAACCAUCGUCACCUCCCGCGCCAGGACUCAACCCAGCACUCCUCCAGACAAUCGCCUCCGUCUUCUUCUCUGUCCUCUCCGCUCACGCCCGACAGAUCAUCAUCCUCCCCUUUCAGACUCAGAUCCGGCCUUCCUUCCCCGCCCCUCUUCUCUCCUCCACUCGUCCAGCCCAACCCGCUCCCCUACAACAACCUCCCCGGGUUCGAGUACGUCCUCGCCCACGAGCCCGAAGCCGCCGCUGCCGAAGCCGCCUACCAGCCCUCCCAGUCCAGUCCGCGCACGCAGCCCUCCUUCACCGACCCUCUCCGCCCCGCCGUCUCCUCCGCUGCUGCAGACAACCCCUAUUCCGCUGCCUACUCGGCCUUUCCUCAGCCUGAGCCCCAAACCGCCAACCGCGAUCUUCCGCACUCGUUCACUGAUCCGAUGAACCACCAGCCGGUUUCCUCCUUCCCUCCUCCUCCCGUUCCUCAGAUUCUCUCUCAACCUCUUCCUCCUCUUUCUCAACCUCUUCCUCCUCCUUCUCGGCCCACCGCCGCCUCCCACUCCUCCUACCCAUUCUUCGCAGACCCCUCCAUCGCCCACUCUCACUCCCAACACCUCUCCCCCAGCUCAGUCUGUCCGCAAUGCCAACAAUCCUCCAAACCAACCCUAGUCCGCAGUCUCAGCGACGACAGCGGCCGUCUCGACAGACGCCAGCGCGAACGCGAACGCGAUCGUGAUCGUGAUCGUGAAUCUGAAAAAGAAAAAGAAAAAGAGAAAGAAAAAGAGAGAUCCGCUGCAAAACGCGAACAUGAACGUCAACAGCGUCGGCGCGAGCGAGAACGAGACCGAGAGCUCGAACGCAAACUCGAGCGAAAACUCGAGCGCGAGCGACAGCUUAAUCGUGAACUCGAGCGCGAGCGCGAACGCGAACACAAACUCAUCCUGAAAGAACUCGAGCGCGCGCAGAGAAGACUUGAGCGGGUAUCUCGGCCACGGGAAAAAGAGGUCGUGGUCUCCAGUCCGCCUGUGACGUCGCCCGUGCCGAUCCCGAUCUAUAACCCGUGGUCGCAGCCUUCUUAUCCGUUCAGUCACAUGCCAGGCGGAUGGUGGAGUCCGCGCGACGAGCAAGUUCCGAGAGUUGUCGAGCAGAAGGAGCCGGUUGAGAAAAAGCCGGACCAGAAGGCGGCGUUGAAAGAGCUCGAGGAUGAGAUUAAGCUGCUGAAAGGGAAGGCAGACGACUCGGGCAAAUACAUCAUCAUCGAUAGCUUUGAUGUCAAGAAACGCUGGCAGUUUCCUCUUUCGCGGGUCCGCACUUGGCAGUCACUCGAGCUCUUCCUCCUCGAAGCCUUUCCGGAGUCAGUGAGACCCUUAAUCGAUGGCGGCUUUUACGAAAUCCGUCUUGCCUCCGACCACCGAUCAAUCCUGCCAUCAGUCUGGAGUGAAGUCGUCCAGCCAAACGAGGAGUAUGAAAUCAUUCUCCUCGACCCGCCUCCGCCGCCUGCACCACCACCUCCUCCACCGAGACGUCGGUGGAUGUCGCUGAUGGGCGGAGGGAAUUCCGGCGGAGGACGCCCUGCAAAGAACUUUAAGGAAUGGUUCAGCGAGAGCGAUAAAAGGGCCCGAUGA